GUUUUCACACAGAACAGUUCUGAUUUUAUACAAUGUCUCGAAAUAUUAAUAUUAUGAGAUUUAUUGUCGGCAUUUUGAUAGUCUCAAGUGCAUCUGCAAACUAUAACAAAAUUAAUUACUUUGAAAAUUUUAUCUGUGACAAUCCGCAAACUGUCGGGAGUGUAACCAACUGUAAAGUCAGAGGAAUUAUAUCAAAAGAAUCGCUCGAGACAAUUUUUAAUAAUCUCAAAACUAGUGAUUUUAGAAUUUAUUCGUGCACUUAUAAUUGCUACUACGACAGUAAUUAUCGACUAACGAGAAAGGACUUGACUGAAUAUUCUAUUUUGACAUUUGAGAACUCAAAAUUCGAAAAAUUUCCAUCGGGCACAUUCUCAAAACUCAGUCAAAUCAAUACAUUGACAGCGGUAAAUGUCAAUUUGACUGAAAUAAAUCGGGACGACUUUAAAUCCUAUAAAGCACUUCAAGUUUUGAAUCUAUCAAGCAAUAAAAUUAAAAAUCUAGGAAAUGUUGUUUUACUUCAUCUGGAAUCUCUUGUAAAAUUGGAUUUGAGCAACAAUUUAAUUGAAAGUAUUCAUAUUACUGCUUUUGAUGAAUGCAGCAAGAGUUUAAAGAAUGUCGACCUUUCAAAUAACAAAUUAAAGCAAAUUUAUGAAACUAUGAUUGAUGCAGUUGGACAGUCUGAAGGAUCAUCUCUUCUACUUGAUUACAACGAAAUUGAGGACAUAAUUCCUCCAAUUUCAGCAACAAAAUCUUCCAGGAAGUUCGAUUCUCUUUCAUUCUCGUUUAAUAAAUUGAAAGUUUUUAACUACAACUGUUCAAAUAUCAAGAGCCUUUAUUUGGAUUCAAAUCAAUUAGAAGAGUUUAUGUUGGGAAAUUGUACAAUUGGCACCUUAAAUGCUACACAAAACUUAUUAGCUACUGCAGUCGUCCCUACAGUGUCAAAAUUAAUGAUUUCAGAAAAUGACAAGUUAUCAAAUCUAAAGUUUAAUGUAGAAAACUUGACAGAACUGGAAAUAAGAAAUAUUCCAGCUGGAUUGGUAACUUUCGAUUUAAUUAAAAAUGCAACAAAGCUUGUCAAACUUGAUGCCACAAAUACUUUUCUUGGAACAAUCAAAAUCGACACAUUUUCUGAAAUGGAACAACUGACAGAAUUGAAGCUCAGCAACACAGGAUUGUCGCACAUUGAUUAUGGAAUGUUCAGUCAUCAGAAGAAUGUCAAGACUUUUGAUAUUUCACACAAUAAUUUGAGAUCAAUUGACAUUAAAAUGUUGACGAGCAUGAAGUCUCUGAAACUUUUCGACAUAAGCGGAAAUAAUUUAACAAGCUUCGAGCAUGUCAAUGAAAUCAAUAAAAUAUUCCUAAAUUUAACAGAAAUCGGAAUUGCUGACAACAACUGGAAUUGCUCAUAUCUAGCUACUCUAUACAAAUUAUUUGAAGAGAACUCAAUUUUGAUAAGUCAGCCUUCAAACAUUGUCAAGAACUUAUCCAAUGUCAUGGGAAUCGGAUGCAUGACAUCAUCUCAACUAAAAAUAAAGCUUGUUGAUGGUGAUAAGGCAAAUGACUCUUUGGUACAGAAAUUAAAUGAAAUUAUCGAAGAAAUAAAUGCUGAAAAGACUAGAAAUAAUAAUAUGAAAUACGACAGCGAUAUAGUUAGAGCUGAAUUCUUUCACAUUCAGAAAGACAUUCUCGAUUUGAAGACUAAAGUUGCAAAGGAUCAAUUUUUGAUGAAUGUGAACAGCACAAAUGAUAAUAAUGAUGUAGAUCUCACAGCUGUUCGAAAUAUGAUGGAACAACUUAACAAUUUUACACUUGAAAAACAGAAAUUAGCUAUUGAUCAGCUACAACUUAAAAUUGACCAGCUCCACAUUCAAAUCACUAAAAAAGACUUGGAAAAUCAAAAUUUCGUUCAAAAAUCUCAACUUACAGAUCUCUUAGCCGACAAUCAAAAAGUGACACCAAUCAAGUAUGAAUACGUAAAGCAACAAAAUGGUAAUGAGAAUGAAAACAAAACAACUCAUGUGCUUCUUACUAUGGUAAUCACAUGCUUAGUUGUCGUCGGAAUUAUUUUUGGUUAUUUGAAACUUAAGAAUUUAUUUUAUCGACAAAGUGAUCUCUAUAGUGUACGUGCAAGAUCGACAAACACAAUUAAUACAACUGUAGAAAUUCCUGGACAUAAUAUAUAGUGAUUGAAGCUGGAACAUACUGGAUGUUUUUUUAAAGUUAUAAAAUUCGAAAUAGUAAUAAAAUAAAUGAUUUUAAAUUUUAA